GAUAUAUUCUCAGAAGAUGGAGAAUAACAUGGAGAAAGCAUAUCCCACCAUUGCAGCUCGCGAGAAAGGACCCGGACCAGGAAGAUAUGGACUACCCCCAGCAAUUGGGUUUGUGGGACAUGAUUAUACCAAACACACAAAUCCAGCUUACACAUUUGGGAAAAAACACAGCAGUGCAUUGUACGAAGUCAACUGCAGUCCAGGACCUCAGUAUUACGUUGAUCCAAAGAUCACACGAUUUGGUAGGAAUGGAACACCCGCAUUCUCCAUUUUAGGAAGACAAAAAAAUGUUUCGCGGAAACUGGGAACACCUGGACCAGGCACUUAUAAUCCAGAGGCUGCACCCCACCUUAAUGAGCACAGAUCACCAGCAUAUUCCAUAGGAUCCCGAACGGAAUAUCGCAAAUUGGAUGUAGUUCCUGCACCGAAUCGCUAUACUCUUCCCUCUCUAUUGGGAUCAAAGGUUCCUACCAAGCCUUCCAGUGCUAGUUUCUCGGUCACUGGGAGGACAAAGAGAAAUGAUCUAUCUAAAACCCCAGGGCCUGGCAGGUAUAACCGCACUGACCCAAAUAUUUACAAGCAGAAACUUCCAGCUUACUCGAUGCUGGGUCGAUAUGAUUUGCCCACCUAUUAUACUCAAAAGCCAGGACCUGGAGCACACAGCCCUGAGAAAGUGACCGUAAAUAAGCCAAGACCCCCAGCAUUCUCUAUGGGAUUGAGGCAUUCAGAGUUUCUCACUCCACUUAUUAUUGAUAUUUCAGAUUGA